GUGAGGGGCUGCGCUGCUGCCCUCAUCUUUGUCCUUGGCAUCUUCUUCGUCGUCGAUGCCCACAGCCUCUGGGUACAGAGAGAUGAGAAUCCUGGUGGGGAAGGGCCCACCCACAAAUUCCCAAGGCUGUGCACUUCCAGGUGCCCCUGGUGACAGUGAGGGACCAACCUGCGCUGACAAGGAGCUCCCGCCCCAUGUGGGCACCCGCCAUCGCCCAGCUCCCAUUUAUCUGUGCUAAUGUGGGUGCUGGGGGACCCUACUAAUGCCUCCGCCCAGGGUGACACACUUCUGGGGCGCACUGUGCAGAAACCCAAAUUCCCUGUUUUGAGCUCCCUGAUGCUCUCUUCACCCGUCAAUGAGUCCCAGAUCUCCUCAGAUCUAACACUAAUUCCUCACCAGUGCCCUCCAGGUGCUUUCCAAUCACACCAAAUUCCUAAAUGCUCAUCCCUAACCACAGCAUCCUUCCUUUGGCACCUCAAAUCCCUCAGCACUCUUUGACAAACCCAAAUCCUUCCCAAUCCACCCGACCUCCAGCAUCAGUGCUGUGGAAUCCCCAGGUCAGUCUCAAUCCACCCCAGCCCUACAGAUCACAUCCAGGGCCGAUGACUCCCAUUCCAUCCAGUAUAAUUUCCCCAUAGAUCCCCUAUGGAUCAUCUCUGUUAUUUCACCCUUCCACUUCUGUCUUAUUAAACAAGUUUUAUCUCAA